AUGGCGGCCAUUUCAUUUUCGUCUCUUUACUUUGUUUUUGUUUUUAGAGUUGGGGAUGUUUUACUUUUUCCUAAGUUUUUUUGCCAUAAAACUCAGGCAUCUCCUCUGGUCCUGGGUACUAGUGUGGCAGCUGCUGCGUUGGGGGGAAGAUAUUUGAUUAGUAAAUGGCAAGCAUUCAAAGCUUGGCCUAAAACUCCACGGGCCCGAAGAUUUUAUCCUGGUGGUUUUGAGAAGGUUAUGACUAAACGGGAGGCAGCAUUGAUUCUGGGAGUCAGGGAGAGAACGGUGAUGGAGAAGAUUAAGGAGGCUCACAGGAGAGUGAUGAUGGCAAAUCAUCCUGAUGCUGGCGGGAGCCAUUACCUUGCCUCAAAGAUAAAUGAAGCCAAGGACGUACUGAUGGGGAAGUCAAGAGGUGGAACCUCAGCAUUUUAGAUUUUACACACCACAGAGUCUCUGAUAG